UUAAGUCGGAAAUCGAUCAGCUGAGUCUCUUCGUUGUACAGUACUGAGAUAUCUAAUUUUUGGUAGCGAUAAUUCUAAUCGUUUACAAGCUGCUAGAGUUUUUUUUCGGUGACAGUUUGUAGAUCCUGAAAGAGACAUCGAGUUCACAAUGGCGAAAUUGCAGCUAUGGGUUGUGCUUAUCACCCUGCUUCUGGCAACGGCCACAGUUGCUGUGAGCGCCGAUGGUUGGAUUCCAUCGUUCGGGCAGAAGAGUACCCAAGACAAGGCCAAGGAUCAGGCCGCGCAGACUGUAGAGGGCGCUAAAUCGUGGACGGAUUGGGCUUCUGAGAAAGUUCCCUACUUCUCCAACUCUGCUGCAAAGCAAACCAACGAAAAGCUCGACGCGUCGAAAGGUGCUGUCAAAGAUGCUGCCUCAAAUGUCGCCGGAGAGACCGAGAAGAACGCGGGAGCAACCAAAGGAACCGUCAGCGACUACGCUACCGAGGGACUUAAGAGAAUGACUUCGACCAAGGAUCAACUCCACGGCGCCUCUGUGGGAUUCAUCCAAAAGUGGGGAGGGUGGGCAAAGGACAACGUUGGUAAAUUCUACCCGUACGGUCCGAUGGCCCAGAAGGCAGCGGAUGUAGUUGUUAACACCGCCGAGAAGACAGAAAGUGGCGCCACCUCUGCAGCUGAUUCUGCGAAAGAGAAUGUGGAGACAGCUGAGGAAGAAGUUGCCAAGAAGACAGACGAGAAGGAAUUAUAGACUGCCAGAUGAAAUUUUUACGUGACAAGAGAUCGGCAGCAAAUGAGGCCUAUCAAAGAAGGAAAUAUUUUCCCGAUCCGGUACCUGGACAUAAUAAUAGAAGAUUGAUGGAGACGGUUAGCUGUAGAAUAUUAUUCCGCAUCACUCCAUGCUCUCUCUUGAUGGUACAGAACGCAUUUCCAGAAGUUUAGACCUCGACGUUUUGUACAUAUGCUAUGAUUUACAAUUUGUGUUAAUAGUAAAGCGCUUUUUGUACGUAAAAUGGAUAGUGAAAAUGCUGGAUUUUGCACAUUCGUGCACGAAAUUGGAGAAUAUGAUAAUGUUACUAUUUCGUGUCAGAUGUGUACAAAUUACGCACAUGUCUUGUCAUCAUGAUUUUAAC